CCAGACGCUGGCAGUUCUGUGGCGCUUCCUGCCACGCCGGGCCUGCCUGGGUUGUGCCAGCUCUGCUCCUCUGAGGGCCGCGCGACAGCCGCCUCCUGGCCUGGGUGAGCGUGCGGGCCAUGGGAGGGACGUGCGAGCCCGAGUAAUUGUGAGGGAGGAGGAAUGAUGUGCGGGCCCGAAUGAGCAUGCGGGGCCGCGGGAAGAUGUGCUGGGGGGCCAGGGUAAGACCUUAACUGCCAGACUAAUCACCUGGAAUUGUUCGGAGACAAGAUGAGUCAUCCCUGUGUGUCUUUUUUGGCUCCACCUGCUCCCCAAGGUCUUGUCCUUCCCCAGGAUGGAACCCCAGGAAACCAGGUCCUGGCAGUCCCUCUUGAGAUGCCGGAGGCCCAGGAUUUGAUGCCAUUUGAAGUGGCAUGGCACCUCACAAAAAGGGAGUGGUUGAGUCUGAAUCCUGAACAGAAGACUCUGGCCUAUCACGGGAAUGUGACCUCCAUGGCAGUUCCUGUUUUGAAUCCUACCUUGGUCUCCCAUCUAGCACAAGGACAGGUGCUGUUAGUAUCAGACUCAUCCCUCAGCACAGACCAAGAAAGCACCCCUGUGACCCACCAGCAGACCAUGGGGGAAGAAGCCCAGCCACAGGAGAUGGCCUCCACGAGUUCCCCGAAGGCCAGUGACCCCAGUGCUGAGGUCAAACAGAAGUGGGACUUUGAGGGGAGGGGAGGGAGCCCAUCACAUCUUCCCAUAGAACACCAUUUUGCAUGUAAAGAGUGUGGGGACACCUUUCGGCUGAAAGUGCUCCUGGUUCAGCACCAGAGAGUUCACAGUGAGGAGAAGGGCUGGGAGUGUAGUGAUUGUGGGAAGGUCUUCAGGGGAGUGUCAGAAUUUAAUGAGCAUAGGAAAAGCCACGUGGUCCCGCAGCCCCGGCCGGGCCCCAGUAGGUCCCUGGAAGAUGUCCUGGAAAAGAGGGAGCAAAUGGAGAGGGAGGCAACGCCCUUUGAGUGUGAGGAGUGCGGGAAAAGGUUUAAGAAGAACGCAGGCCUUAGUCAGCACCUGAGGGUGCACAGCAGAGAGAAGCCCUUUGAUUGUGAGGAAUGCGGACAGUCCUUCAAAGCCAACACCCACCUCUUUCGACAUCAGAAGCUUCACACUUCGGAAAAAACCUUUGCCUGCAAGGCGUGCAGCAGGGAUUUCCUAGAUCGCCAGGAACUUCUCAAGCACCAGCGGAUGCACACAGGCCACCUGCCCUUCGACUGCGACGACUGCGGCAAGUCCUUCCGAGGUGUCAACGGCCUGGCCGAGCACCAGCGCAUCCACAGCGGUGCCAAGCCCUAUGGAUGCCCACACUGCGGGAAGCUCUUCAGGAGGAGCUCAGAGCUCACCAAGCACAGGCGGAUCCACACUGGCGAGAAGCCAUACGAGUGUGGCGAGUGCGGCAAGGCCUUCCGCCAGAGCUCCAGCCUACUGGAGCAUGCGCGCAUCCACAGCGGCGAGCGGCCAUACGCCUGCGGAGAGUGUGGUAAGGCCUUCCGUGGGCCCUCUGACCUCAUCAAGCACCGGCGCAUCCACAGUGGACUGAAGCCCUACGAGUGCGACAAGUGUGGCAAGGCCUUCAGGAGGAGCUCGGGUCUGAGUCGCCACCGGCGCAUCCAUAGUGCGGCCAGGCGCUGCGAGUGCAGCGAGUGUGGUCGCGUGUUCAAGAGGCGCUCGGCGCUGCAGAAGCAUCAGCCCACUCACCGCGAGUAGAUGCCCAUGCCGUGG